AUGGGAGGUAAUUUAGAGAAUGAUUGUGAAGACAAGAUAGAGAAGUAUGGGACAAUUAAAGCCUUUCAAGCAGCGGACCAUCGGUCAUAUGAGGAAAUGGUAGAUAUUGCCGUUGGUCAUUCAUCCAAAUUCUUCGACCGCGAACUCGAGCGGCUUAAUAAAAGCAAGCUCUAUGAUAGCUUGAAAAAGCUAUUCGAUACGCACUCAGAGUCACUGAGUAAAAUUCACCCCAUUGAGAAAAUCGUGGCUUUUGGAGGAGGCACACUUAAACCUGCACAACGCUAUGCAGAUGCUGGAUCAUCCUGUGGAGCACAGCGUACUCAGCAUGCAACCCUGUUAGUCGCCAGAGAUAUGUUAUGGGAAUACAGCGAAAAUUCCAAAGGAGUAGCAAUGAAAGAUGACAUCAAAAUCCUCAUUCAGGACCCUGAGUAUCUAGACAUUGACGAGAGGAUUGCCAAUCUCAAUGGUAUGGAAGUCCUCAAAUGCGAUACCGACAAACACACCCAAGCAGGAUGGGCGAAGAUUGACGAAUCCACCUUCUUCUUCGAUCUUGGUACAACCUUCCCACUCCACCAGCUGCUCUUCGAGAUUACUCGCCCUGCGGCAAUCUUUUCCCCUGAUAAAAUUGUCGAAGACAGCUUUUUGCCCAACAUUGCAUUUCCCGCUACAAUCAUGUUGGAAGACGGGAAGGAGAUUGAUAUUGCGGGAGUUGGUCGGUACGUUUCAGCUCAUGGCGCCCAACCUUUCCCUGGCAUCCAACGAGCUUUGGGUAACUUGGCUAACUCUUUUCAGCUCUGGUUAUACCUUCAUGAAUUUCACCAAAGAUUGCGAAUGCUAUAAAAUGGAUCUGGAAGGAUUAGAACUGGGCUCCCGUUCCAAGAAGGAGUUAGGUUGGGAUUUCAACGAUGGGCAUAGCGGAGGAACACAUAUUGGUCGAAAGCCUACUCCUUACAUCCGUCGCCCACACGUGGUUGAGAAUUCUUGA